UUCAAAAGAUUUUCGUAAAAAAAAGCAAUCAUUUUGAUGAAUCAGUACCUUUAUUAUGAUUCGACACCAAUCAAGUCAUUUGAUUUUACCCGUAAACUGAUCUCGCCAUGCUUGUUUACAUAUGGUGCGACACACACGUGACACGAGUAACGUCGCCGAAGACGUGCUGCAGAUUAAUUAACGUACUCAUCCCCGCGCGUCGCUGCAGCUGCAGUUGGUUGCCGAACGCCCAACGCACAUAGCAACGUCAUGUAUAUCGCAUUUCACCCGCAUGGGUCGCGCAAAAUUGAGCGAUCGGAUAUCAAUAAAGCGGCGUCUCGGUACGACCAGGAAAGCAGGAGGUAGCCGAGUCUCCGGGUUCUAUAUAAGCGCGCCAACUGCCGCGGCGAGGGCGAGACACUCUCGAGUGUGGGUGCGUGCCUGUGUGUGUGUGUGUGUGUGUGUGUGUCAGUGUGUGUGUGCGAUACGAGACUUUCCGCCAGCGAUAGCCGUAUACGGGAACUCUAUAUAAUGCAGCAAUCGGAAAAUCGAAUCGCGACUGAAGCGGUAAGGUAGAGCCGACCGGAGGAAGCGUCUGCUCAGCGCGUGGCCCCGCCGACCCCUCUCCCGUUUCUUUCUCUCUCUCUCUCUUUUUCUCGUAUGCGGCAGAAGACGCGAGAUCUCUGCGCGACUUGUACAUAGCUGCUUCGAUGUCAUUUUUGACGUUUAUUAGUUGACUUAUAUAUCAACAAGUAAAUCGAAUUACGAGCUGCUUGUGAUCGCGAGCUAUGGCCACCGGCUCGUUACCCGGUGCCCAGGGCACGCCCGAGUCCGAGGCUGGGAGUUUCGAGUGCUUUCAAAAUUACACGGCCCCGGAGGUCUUCGUGCAGGGUCUCGCUGGGAUCGUCGACCAGCAGGACGUCGAAUCCAUGAUUCGUGCUCAGAAACAAAUGCUUCAAAGAUUUGAAAAAACGAAUGAAAUGUUGACAAAUUGUAAUCAAUUGUCUGUCAGUCGCUUGAAAACAGCCAACGCCGAGUUCAAGAAACACACAGCCUUGCUCACUGAUAUGAAGAAAGAUUUGGAUUAUAUUUUUAAGAAAAUAAGGGUACUCAAAACUAAAGUGAGUCAGCAGUAUCCAGAAGCGUACAAUGAAGCUGUGAAAAGCACGCUAGCAGAAGAAGUUGUAGAAGAUUCUGAAGAGGAUGAGCAAUUUGCUGAACAAAAAAAUAUACCACAGACCAGUAAAAGCUCGAAGACUGAUAAAGAUACAGAUUCAGAUGAAGCUGCUGCCAAAGAGCCUCAGUUUGAAAAACUUCGACAUAGACAAUUAAAAAGACAUGAUAGCUCUUCAACUGAAACUGAUAAUGAACCAAGUAAACCAGCAGACUCAUCUUCAUAUUCUUCAGAUACCAGUUGAUUGAAAAAUUUUUCUAGUUCAUGCCAUCUUCGAAAUACUUGUGAGGCUUGUAAAUAUAUUUAUUGUUAAUAUUAAUUGAUAUCAGUAUUUUUAAAAGAUAACUAUUGCAUAAUGAAAAUAAUUAUCAGGAUAAAAAAUCGCACAAGUCCAAUCUAAGGGAAAUUGUAUUGUAAAGUGAUUUAAUUCCUAGUUUAAAUAAAUUUAAGUAAAGUUCAAUGAAACAACACAAAAGAAAUGAAAAUAAUGUAUAAACUGUUAUUUUUCUUGUAUCAC